UAAAGGUGAGCAGCUGUGGUCGGAUACGGUCCUGUGUCUCACUCGGGAUCAGACGGUUAUUGAACUAUUUUUCAUACAGGACGGACACAGGGGAUUUUUUCCCCCUCCUACAGUAUUUUCCACACCUAUACAACAUGACUCUACUGUGCUGUUAGGAGACAGUCGGUCAAGAGUUCUGACUGUUUAGUGUGACAGAAGGAGCAGCCAUGAAGAGGAGCAAGCAGUGGGAUGUCAGAGGAGCUGUCAGCUUUGCAGCUUUCUUCUAUUUCCUCUAUUCCUGUGCCAUAGGCUGCCUUUUGCCCUUUCUCACCCUUUACUUCCGGCACCUUGGCCUCACUGCCGUCAUGACGGGCAUCAUCUUGGCUGUCAAACAUGCAGUUGCUCUGAUAUGGAGGCCCCUCUCCUGCAUCCUGGCCAGGCGCCAUAACAAACGGCGCAUGGUCAUAACAGCGUCUCUCGUUUGUUCAGCAGCAGUUGCUUUAGCGCUUCUACUCUUCCCGUCCACAGGAAAGAGCACAGAGAGCAUUAGCUGUAAUGUUACUCAGCUGAAUGCAGUACAUGAGCUUAGCUCAACUACUCUGGAACCCAAGACAACUCUCCAGAAAUUCUCGGGACCUGCCGUGUACUCAACAGAACAGAAGAUGAGGCCUAACCAAGAGCAUAAUAACACUGAACAUGUACCUGCAAUGCCAGUCAACAUCUCAGCAUUACAUAGCAACCAGAGUACCACUGUGACCACAAGCAGCCAAGGCAAGAAGAAAGGCUCUUUGGGAACAAAAAGUGUUCAGAUACCUUCACCAGGUAAGAGGAGAAGAUCUUUAACAAAGCAUGAACAAAAGCAGCAGGAGAUGGAAGAGGUUCAAUACGAUUUCCUUGGGAGCUUGAAAGUCAUGGAUACACAACAUCAGAUGUUUUUCUUGGUCAUGAUCAUCAUAAUCCUGUGGGAGAUUCUGGCUGCUCCGUUGAUGUGGACAGCUGAUGAUGGGCUGCAUGAGUACCUCGAUUUUGUGGAUGCCACCGAACGUCACAGGGCUGUUAAACCGUGGAGAUUGUUAGGGAUUGCUGGUGGUAUGGGAUGCUCUGGUAUUCUAGUAAGCAUCUUUUACUGUUUAACUGGAACAGUGUUGCAUUUUUACACGUAUACCCUGCUGAUGGUUCUAAUAGUGCCUCUAGUUGCUUUUUUACCGCUUUACCGCCACAAACGUCAGCAUGUUCCUGGGGCUUGCUUAAAGGCACUAUACCUAGUACGAGGAGACCCUCAGGCAGUGCUCUGUGUUAUCACUGCUGUUCUUACUGGCAUGGCAGGCUCCGCUGUAUCUGACUUCCUCCUAUGGCAAAUGCAAGAUCACAAUGCUACAGAGCUUCAAAUGGGAAUUACUUUAGCUGUUGUGCCUCUGUGCCAGGCUGCUUUCGCCCCACUGAAUGGAUGUUUAACUCGUCUCCUGAAAUUUCAUGGCCGGCUGCUGCCUCUUGGUAUCAUGGGUCUGUCUCUACAGUGCCUUUCUUAUUCUUUCAUGUGGACUCCAUGGAUCAUACUUCCUGCUCAAGUGCUGGCUGGAAUCAGCAUUGGUGCCCUCUGGUGGUCAUUAGAGGCUCAAUCUGUGGACAUAGCCUCUCCAGGGACAGAGCUGGCAGUGAAGCGAGUGUUUGAAGCCCUUUAUGUAGAUCUUGGUGCUGGAUUAGGCAGUGUAGCAAGUGGGUUUGUGGUACAGAAGUUUGGGAUUAAAGUCCUCUUCCAGGGUGCAGCAGGGUUGCUCGGAGUGUGGUGCAUUACUUUAGCUAUAUUGCAGUGGAGAAUCCCUCGCCAGCGCAGGAUAAAUUACUCGCGCCUGCUGGCAGCUGACGCCAGUGAAAUGAGCGAGUCAGAGUCUGAGCAGGACAAUGACUGGUUGGAGAAAGCUAUGGAGGAUGACAAGGGGAAAAGUAAUUGGAAGCGGAUGGAUUAAUAAGGAUAAUAAACAUCCUUCCACAAGAAAUAUGAUGCCAGAACACCAGCUGAGUGACUGUCAAAGACAUUUCGAUGCGGAGAACUUGGAGCAAGGCAAUAUGCUGGAAUAUUAUACUUUGAUCCAGAUUGUCCUUAAAGACUUUAAGAACAAUACAGAGUGUCAUUCAAUCAUGCCUGCUUUGCUUCUGUUGCUCAACCUGUCACAGCUGGACGCUGUAUGAGCUACAGUUUGUUUCAUCUGCCGUAAUGCCAAUGUGAUUGUCUUAAAUUACACAUUGUAGGGAUGUAUCCUAAUCCAUGUACUUAUUAAAACAAACAAACAAAAACAACUAAAGCUUAAA